GUUCCGAUUGGGAAGAACGUUCCACUUUGCUGCGCAUGCAUGUUAAAUUUCGUAGUAUUUUUUUGAGGGACUGCUUGCAACACUGUACGGGCGCCGCUGGCUGCACACCGAGUGAGUGACAGCGAGUUUGUUUCUGUUUUGCCGUCUUUUGGGGAGGUGGUGUCGCGCGCGCGUUCGUAACACGCAUUGAGAAGCAAAAGCCAAAGAAAAAAAGUGAAAUAUAAAUAUUCAAUGAAAAUUGUGUUUGUGAUUUUAAAUAGAAAAUAAAGAAAAUACAUUGCACUGUAACUGUUUGUGAUUAAUUUUAUUUUUUGUGGAAAAAUAAAAAAUACAAAUUUAUUGUGUAAAACAAUGUAAAAAGUGCAGAAAUGUUCUGAUAAAGUGUGGAAAUUCUUUGAAAAAUUACAAAAAUAACAGCAAUAAAGCAAUUGUUGUUGUUGGAAAAAAAUAUAAAAAAAUCAACUUGCAAAACACACAUGUGAAUACAGUUAAUCGCAGUCAACAAUGUGGUGGCGUUAGUGUUGGCGCAGCGUUGAAGUGUCAUCCUUGCCGGUUGGUGUAACAUACAGUUUAUAUGUGGCGCGUGUGCUGCAGCUUAUAACAAUCUUAAAAAAAAUACAACAACAACAAUAAAAAGCAUAAACAUAAAAUAGCAAGCAUAAUAGAGGAUAACUACUGUAUUCCGCUUUCAAAGCGGCGCUGUUAGUUUUGCAUUCAGUUUGUUUCGGUUCAGCACGCACACACACAUACACACAUACAGUUGUUGUUAUUGUUGUGUUUGUUGUUGUUGCUGUUGUGUGUUAUUAUCAUUGUUUCGUCGGUUCGUGCAACGCUCCCUACAAGCGUUUCUUCGUUCUCCAUCGUUCGUUCGUGUGUACCGUUUUUCGACAUCUCCGUUUUUUUUUUAAUACAACAACAUACAGCUACAAAAUAACGUUUUUCGCCGGUUCUCGUCCUCUACUGAUUUUGCAUUCGCAACGUUUUAUAUCCGAUUCUUCUUCGUCCUACAUCCUUGCUACACGUCCAGCUCCCGCAGCUCAUGUACAAAGCUUUUUGUGUCGUUGAAGCGCCUCAUGCUAUGCAAUAACGGUACAAUAACUGCAAAAGCAGUCGCAUAAUAGUUGUUGCUUGUUGUUGGAAAUUUGUCGUUAUACACAUACAUACAAACAUACACUCGUGUGUACCGGAAACUGCGAGGAGUAGUGUUAAUUUUUUCGUCUGCUGCAUACCGUUACACAUAACACUCAGCAGGUCCAACGAACAGCCGGAAAAGCCAUGCAGGCAUAGAUAGCGACAACCAGCAGACAGACAGACCCGCAUAGUGCAAAAGAUAGACAGUCAGUCGGUGUGACAUCGACUCCUUACAUACAUACUACAACACAAUAAUUCGACGACGGUGGAAAAAAGCUGCGCAUGAAGCACGGCACCCCAAUCGCACCAUUACUACAACAACAACAACAACUACCACUAAGGAAGAGUGUUAUAAAUUUUGGUCAUAUUCCAAAAUACGUUUUUAAGUACUUGCAACAAUUCGCUAGCAAAAUUACAAAGGCCACAUACGCGACAGUCGUUGCAGUUUGUAAUAGCGCCGCGAGUGCUUGGUGUAUUUGGUUGCUCGCCAAUCGGCAACCCAGCGAGGAGUUAUUGGAGGAGACGCACACUUACCACGUGCUCGAAAGCACUGCCGGUUACUACUUUAGCCGCUGUUCGUACGCUUGUCAGCGGUGGUCAGCAUGUCCGCGACGACGACGACAACGACGCGUAUCAGCUAUUGAAAUUCCGCUCAGCGCUCAAUACUGGCAACUUUUAUUUUCCGUUUCGGUUUUGCGACACACAACAUUCGCUACUUUUUAACUGCAGAAAACAGAAAGAAAAAAACAGAAAUAAAUAAAUGGGAAGCAACGGAAAGCAUAAUGCCAGCCAGACGAUAAUGAAGUAACACUGUACAUAUAUACAUAAAUAAAUAAAUGUGUGUAUAUUUUGAUUCUACGUCAACAAUUCUACAUUCCUUCCUGCCAUACAUAACUCGUUUGUUUCGUCUAACUCAAAACUAAAUUUAAUUUAAACUUAUACGCAAAAGAAAAAAGUUUUCUACUAAAAAUAUGCGCUGAGUGUUCGAAGUUAAAAUUUAUAUAUAAAUAAAUAAAUGUGUGUGUGUCUAUAUACGUCGUCAGUAAGUGCAGUAAACGGAAAAGAGCAAUAAAACAAUGCGAAAGUUAUAGCAUGUAAAAUAAAUAAAACGAAAAAUAAAGCAAGCAAAACGAAAUAUGUGAAAAGAAAUUAAAGCAGAAACGUGGUAAAUGAGUAACAAAACUUUAUUGUGAUUUACUAAAAAUAAUAAUAAUAACUAUACGAGCAAGGCAAAGGAAAGCCAAAAUUCAUAAAUUAAACUAACGAAAAUAACGAAAAGUAACAAAUUGUUGUAUAAAAAACCCUCAAAAAACAAAUAAUAAAUAAAAAAAUGUUACACGAACCACAAAUCAAACGAAAAAUGUCGAUAAGUCGGUGUUGCCACAAUGCCAAUGGUGGCAUCACAGCCGUCGCAGCGACGCAAGUCUUCCUCGUACUGACGCUGUUCGUGAUUGGGAAUCUAAGUGCCUGGCAGGAGAAUGUGCGGCCGAAACUUUAUGUGGAAUUAGGUCCUGAAGAUGUGCUAAAAUUUCUCGGAAACGAAAGUGUCGUGGAUCAUUUUAAGCUUGUCACAAAGGAUGGCAACAGCCUGCUCGUCGGUGCCAGAAACAUCGUCUAUAAUCUAAGUAUACACGAUUUAGCUGAACAGCAACGGUUAGUGUGGCAAUCCACAGAGGAUGACGUCAAGAUGUGCAUAAUCAAAGGCAAAGCCGAGGAGGCAUGUCAAAAUUACAUUCGCAUCAUGGUAGUGACGUCGCCGGGUCGCUUGUUCGUGUGCGGCACCAAUUCAUUUCGGCCUAUGUGUAAUACAUACAUAAUCAACGAGAACAACUAUACCCAGGAGGCGAGCAAAAGCGGCCAAGCCGUGUGUCCCUACGAUCCGCAUCACAAUUCAACAUCAGUAUUUGCUGAUAACGAGCUAUACUCCGGCACUGUGGCCGAUUUUAGCGGCAGUGAUCCGAUUAUCUAUCGUGAGCCGCUACAGACGGAGCAAUACGACAGUCUAAGCCUCAAUGCGCCAAAUUUUGUCAGCUCUUUUACACAGGGUGAUUUUGUGUAUUUCUUCUUCAGAGAAACGGCUGUGGAGUACAUCAAUUGCGGAAAGGCAAUUUACUCACGCGUCGCGCGUGUCUGCAAAUGGGACAAGGGCGGACCGCAUCGUUUUCGCAAUCGCUGGACGUCAUUCCUGAAAUCACGCCUCAACUGCUCCAUACCCGGCGAAUAUCCGUUCUACUUCAAUGAGAUACAAUCGGCUAGCAAUCUCGUCGAAGGACACUAUGGCCAAACAAGCGCCAAAUUGAUUUAUGGCGUUUUUAAUACGCCAACAAAUUCAAUUCCCGGCUCGGCAGUUUGUGCAUUCUCACUGCAGAAAAUCGCUGACACAUUCGAGGGUAACUUUAAGGAGCAAAGCAGCAUCAACUCAAAUUGGUUGCCAGUCAAUAAUGCCAAGGUGCCCGAACCGCGACCCGGCUCUUGUCACAAUGAUUCACGAACAUUGCCGGAACCGACGUUGAAUUUCAUCAAAACACAUUCGCUAAUGGAUGAGAACGUUCCGGCGUUUUUCGGUCAACCAAUUUUGGUUAGGACGAGCACAAUUUAUCGCUUCACACAAAUCGCUGUGGAUGCACAGAUAAAAACGCCCGGCGGAAAGACUUAUGAUGUGAUAUUCAUCGGCACGGAUCAUGGCAAGAUUAUUAAGUCCGUCAAUGCUGAAUCAGCCGAUUCGGAUGCGAAGGUUUCAUCAGUGGUGAUUGAGGAAAUCGAUGUGCUGCCGAAAAGUGAACCCAUAAGAAAUUUGGAAAUUGUGCGCACCAUGCAAUAUGACCAACCAAAGGAUGGCAGCUACGAUGACGGAAAAUUAAUCAUUGUCACCGAUAGCCAAGUGAUUGCAAUACAAUUGCAUCGCUGUCACGAUGACAAAAUCACCAGCUGUAGUGAGUGCGUAGCGCUGCAGGAUCCAUACUGUGCUUGGGAUAAAAUUGCUGGAAAAUGCCGUUCACACGGUGCGCCACGUUGGCUCGAAGAAAAUUAUUUCUAUCAGAAUGUUGCAACUGGGCAACAUGCGGCAUGCCCAUCAGGUAAAAUCAAUUCGAAGGAUGCGAAUGUUGGCGAACAGAAGGGCUAUCGUGACGAUAUGGAUUUGUUGGAUUCACGGCGCCAAGGCAAAGAUCAAGAGAUCAUCAAUAUUAUGGGUGAUAAAAAUUUCGAAGGUCCACAAAUUUCAGCAGAUAUUAUCAAUGCGCAGUAUACCGUCGAAACGCUCGUUAUGGCCGUCUUAGCCGGUUCAAUUUUCUCCCUACUAGUGGGCUUCUUUACAGGCUACUUCUGUGGCCGACGCUGUCACAAGGAUGAGGAUGACAAUUUGCCAUAUCCCGAUACGGAAUAUGAGUACUUUGAGCAGCGUCAAAAUGUCAAUCGUAUACAAGCGGAGCCGAAGCUUCUACCUCAAGUGGAGGAGGUGACGUACGCCGAACCGGUGCUUUUGCCACAACCACCACCACAAAAUAAAAUGCAACAUUCACCAAAGAGUACGCUACGCAAACCCAUGAUGCAUCAUGGCCCAAAUUCCGAGACGCUCUUCCAAUUUCAGCCCGAUGGCUAUAAUACACAACAGACAUAUCGCGGUCGCGACAAUUUCGGUACACUGCGAUCACAUCAGGUGAUGGGUGAUAACUAUCGUCGUGGCGAUGGCUUUUCGACAACUCGCAGCGUCAAGAAGGCUGUAAACACAAAUACACGUAACAGAAGUCUUGGUCGUUUAAGAAGGCAGCCGCCCCGUCAUGGUAUUGUAACUCAGCACCGUUCGAAUAGUCCAGCACAACACUCCAGUUCCGGCUCAUCGCCGGUGAUGUCAAAUAGUAGUUCUAGUCCAGCGCCACCUUCCAGCAGUCCUAGUCCGCAAGAGAGCCCCAAGAAUUGUAGUUACAUUUACCGUGAUUGAUUGAUAUGUAAUACCAAAUCGAUGCCAUUAAUUAAAACAACAACAACAACAGCAGGAGUAGCCGGAGCAGCGGUAAAUCCAAGCAAAGCAGCUAUGCAGCAAGUAAACGCUACAACAACAGCAACAAUAACUAAUGGCGCAACAGCAAGAACAACAACAGCAGCAGCAGCAACAACCACAGCCACGCGCAGCUCAUGCGGCAAAGUGCGCACAACACUCGCCAAAUCCGUGCCAGCAACACCCGUACAACCGAAAUCGCCAACCGCACACUUCAUAUCAACCUCACCCGAAUGUGAGGGCAGCGCCACAGCAGCAGCCGCACGCGGAUUGCACGCCAACGACGAUGACGACCACUACAACAAUUGCAGCGAAUAUCUACCACAUUCCUAUCCGAAUUUCACCUUCGAUCUCUCUGAAGACGACUCCAACGACUACGACGAUGACGAGCUGGAGUUGGAUGACUCUUCGCUGGCGAUGAUAACACCGCCACCACCAUAUGUCGAUACACCGUUGCAACAGUAUGCGCGUACGCAUGUGCCACCACUGCCGCCGCUCCAUGCAACACGUACGCGCCGAGCCGCCACAGCGCCACCGCCACCCACACGCAAGAAACUCUUUCAGAAUCGCGAGAUCUUCAACAUCAACACGCCCGCAACGUUAACGCCCAGCAGCAGUAGCUUCGCGAGCGCCAUCACGCCAACGAAGUUGAGCGCCGCCGCAGCGGCUAUGUUUGCGGCGCCACAAAUGGCGCAACUCAACAAGAAAUGGACGCAGUUGCAUCGCAAGCGGCGACGGCGCAAUAGCAGUUCGGGCGAUUCGAAGGAGUUGGACAAGUUGGUGUUGCAGUCGGUGGAUUGGGAUGAGAAUGAUAUCUAUUGAGCGAUUGCGGUUGAGUGGCAGGUGCAUUUGCUGCUUCUAAGCGCGCUUGGCUUGCAGUUGGAAGUGGAAGUGGAAGAAGAAGACAUCUCAUACAAUGUACACCUACUGCGUUUCUUUACUUGGCUUAAUCGUAGACAUACAUGCACACAUACUUUUUCCAUUCGAAAUACAUACAUACAAUUACAAAGCAAAGCAUCUAAUAAUAGUAAA